GGUUACAAACUGAACAUACAUAAGUAUGAUACUACAUAUGCAUAUGAAGAGUGGUCAUUUUGUGAUUUGGUUUUAUGCAGUUUAUGAACUUUACAGAGAUCAUGUCUAGAAAUAUUGCCAACAGCAGAAAGGAGACAGAGUUCGCGCUUGCAGUAUUGAUGGAAAUCCCAUCACAAUAUAAAGCAACAAUAGACCUUCAACUUUUGGGUAAAGGAAGAGGAACACCAGAAAUGACUGCUCUCCCUCCACCAAUUAAAAGUCAUGGUUCAGCAUAUUCAAAUCCAAAAUACUCACACUCAAGUAGCUCGGAGCAAGAUUCCUGAGACUUCAAAAGCUCAUAGAGAUGAUGAUGAUGGAGCUGAAUCCUGUCCUUGAUACCUUCUAGACUGGUUUUUAUGGAGUUUGAUAUGUAUAUGUU